CCGCUCCUCUCUCCUCACUGAUUUGAGUUUCGUCUCCUGACGCAUAAACAUGUUUGGCACCAGUUGCCAGUCAGAAACCACCAUGGAUAUGUUUGAUCCGAUGUAGACUCCACCAAGUGAUUGGCAGUUGCGCGUCCUUCGCUUCAGUCGGCAUCUUCGCUACUUCCCUCACCCGCAGCCUUCUCGUCGUUCGUCGUUGGCGAGCAAUGUCUUUCUAGCUUCACCUCUUCCACACACUUUCUGCGUGGUUCUUGCUUCUGGCGUGCCAGUGAUCCUUCUUUUCUUUCGUUCAGUUUUUUUUGCCACUGGAGCCAGGACGCUUCUAACUCAAUUUGCCUUGCCUUCUCCGUUUCUCUUAUCGUCCCGCAAAUUUGCGGCUGGUUUUUCCACCACGUAUUGGCUGAAGCUUCUGUUGAAUCAGGCUAGGCAUCUGCGCUGCUGGAUUCAUUAAGACUGGACAAGAGGUGACCAUUUGAGAGUGCUGAAAGAAGACCAGACAGGGAAGCGUGUCGUGCCUGCUGCAUAGGUCCAUGGCUUGAUCCAGCCAAAGCACCAGUGCUUUGGUUGCAUGGGCAGUGGUUUGCGAAGACGCGACGCUUGCAUGACGGAAGAUUGUUGAUAGACGAGAGUCGCGCGCGGGGUGGGGUCGACUCUUAAGUAUUUCUCUCGUCGCGUUGGCAAGGACUGCGAAUCAGCCGGUCAGAAAACACCUUUCCCGUCUCUCUGUUUUUUUUCUGGUAGACUGAAAGCCUGGGCUCUUUGUUGAGAUCCUACCUGAACGGCACAUUCUAGCGCUUCAUGCCUCUCGUCGUCAUGGAAGAUAGAUCCGGUUCUGGACUAGAUACACGAGCACAGGACCGACUGGCCGCUAUGGAAGACAGUGUACGGAGAGCGCUGCAGGAGGUUGACCCAUCAUCGAGCUCGGUAUACUCGAGAAGCCCGAAUGUGCAGCAGAGCCCUGCACAGACAAUCCAAGAGGAGAAUAAAACGCCAAAGGCUCGCCAACUGUUUGGUCUCAUUCAAAGAAGCGGUAGCACGCCCGUAUUGCGCCAUAUAUCCAACUUCCAUUUACCUUUCGCUGCUCGAGGAGGCUCCGUAACAUAUUCUCCCGCAACACAGCCAACAGAAUGGGCUCGUUCACCAGUUCCGCCGUCCCCCACGGCUCAACCUACAUUUCGACACCCUGCAGACACUGCUCCUAUCAUAGAUAGCGAACCAGAUCUCGAGGGAGGAUUGCCGCCUAGGCCGAGGAAACACAAACGAAAGCAUCGGAAGCAAGGAGCAUGGACAAGGAAACGCAAGACCCAGAGCGGCAGCAGAACGUGCGCUGCACUGUUCCAAGGCGAAAACCGCCUCCAAGCCAUUUCAACCGCAGCUUCUGGCGUUUUUCUGGCGAGUGUCUUAACAAUUUAUCUCACCAUCGCCAUCACGAUCAAGAACCUCAACCAACAAGUCCACGUUCUCUUCAUCCUUACUAUCCUGGCUGCUCUUGUGUUCUUUACCUACUCCUUGAUCCGGCUCGUCACAGCGGCAGUCCGGCGCAAGAAACCGCGCCGCCACAGACCUAUUAUCCCGUCCGUCGCAGGUCCCGAGGGCUUCAAGCCAGACGUGCCUAUUCGUGUCCAGCUUGCUCGUGACGAGGAGAUCGCCGCCUGUGACGAAGACGGCAAGAUUCCUCCGGAAAGAGCGGACGUGUUACGCCAGCCGCCACCCGCGUAUGGCCUUUGGCGUGGCAGCGUCAGACUCGAUCCAAAUCUGCUCCACUGGCAAAGAGCUGAUGCCCAACCUCAAGAGGCUAGCUUGAGCCGCAGCUCUCCCGUCUCCGAGCGGAGACCCUCGCCGACAGGCUCGCCUGCGAUGGCUUCCGUGGCCGAAGAGCAGCAAGUGCGCCGGCCACCAAGCUAUGCUAGCGACGAUGGAGUGAGUUACGUUGUGUCGGCUCUCCCACCCGCACCGCCGAGUGAAAUCCAUCCAGCCUUCAGGAUACGUCUACCCUAGGAUGUGGCCUCACCCGUACUGAGGCUCAGGGCGCAUUCUCUACUUUCUGCUGAAACGGCAGAAAUAAAAAAACUGUUGUAUUAUUGUUUAACCUACGAAUGAGAAUAAAAUGAAAAGCUUUUCU